AACUGUGUCAUAUUUCUGCUUGCCUGCAGUGGAAAAAGUCCAAAUCUUUUCGCAGGCUGAGCCUGAAGCAGUCAGUCUUCGCACUUAGAAGCUUUCAAACACUCCGCAUUUGUGUCCUUCAAGGAAGUUUGUCUGGGCGGCAGACCAAAGGAGAACGUCUUUUUGGGAUGAGCUUGCAUCCCUCCGAGCGGCUGUAACAAGCAGUAUCUCAAUAGAUGAUUCGCUGAAGAGGAUGUUAUCUGGCUGGGGAAGAAUCGCCUUAAGCACAGUCGCAAAUUAUUUCGAAGGCAUGCAUGACAUCUGUGACAACUGGAAGGCUUCUGCAUCCCUGAAGGUCAUAAUGACCCCAAAAAUUUAAGAAGGAGAAGUCACCUGCUUUAAUCCCAUUAGCGAUUUCCCUUUUUGACGGAGAUUAAAGUGUCCAGUUGCACUGGAAGAGAGUUCAGGAGAGAGGAAUAUCCAUUGGAUUCAACUGUUUGCAGCCACAAGAGAACAAUGAAAGACUUAUUUUGUCUUUCAGACGAGCAGCUGAUACAAGACGACGACGACAUGACCAGUUCUACAUUCAGGCAAAAUGGCAGGACCAGGACCAGCUGUGCAAGAUGUCAGAGGAACCUGUCCCUGCAGAUCUCAGUGAAAGUCCUCUAUUGCUUUGUGGUCAUUCUCAUAAUUGCUGUGAUUGUGCUGGCAUCCCUAGUUUUCCGGAAAGUCAAUUCCCUCUACGAUGACUUCAGCUCGGCAAAGUCCAGUUAUGAGAAGAAGAUUGUUUCGGUGCAAGUUAACCUCCAGGAACUUGACAUGAAAUCUGUUGGGAAUUGCUCACAUUGCCAUGACUCUACUUACUUGGUUCAGGAGAUCAGGAAGCUUCAUGGGGAACUAGAAGAGAUGCAGAAGAUGCUUUUGGCCCAGGAGGUGCAAUUGGUCCAAUCAUCUGAAAACCAUCAGAUUCUUCUGUCAGCCAAUGACAUGCUAGAUAACCAGAUCGAGAGAAGCAACUUCUCCCUGCGCCGGAUCAAUCAGACUUUAGGAGUUUUCCUGUCCCAGGUUAAAGGGUGGCAGACCACAGCAACGGACUUGGAGACCUCCGUGAAGGACUUGGUUCAGGAGAGGUAUGACAUUACUGCUGCCAUACAACAGAUCAAUUUUACUUUGGGUCAAACAUCAGAUUGGAUACAAGUCAUCCAGAGGAAAACUGACGAGGAGACAUUAACGUUGCAAAAAAUUGUAUCUGACUGGCAAAACUAUAGCAAAGUUUUUGGUGGUUUUAAAUCGACAUCGGUCAAAACCAUUGACUUGGUGAGGAGCAUUCAGAGUAGUAUUGCUGCAACCGCACAACGCAUCACCCUUAACACGGAAGUCAUGCAUGAUCUAGUCCUACAAGUAAUGGGUCUUCAGCUACAGUUGGACAACAUCACAGCUUUUGUUGAUGAUCAUGAGGAAAACAUGGCGGACCUCCAGUACCAUUCAAAGUACACCCAAAAUCGGACAGUUGAGCGCUUUGAGAGCUUAGAGGGUCGGAUGCUGUCUCAUGAAACGGAAAUUGACACCAUAUUCACUAAUAUCAAUGCAACUGAUAACCACGUGCACAGUAUGUUGAAAUAUCUUGAUGAUGUGCGACUUUCUUGUACCCAUGGGUUUAAUUCUCACGCUGAGGAAUUAUACAGUCUUAAUAAGUCAGUCAGUAUGGUGCAGGACACCUCAGAUAUGCUCAGAGAGAAGUUCAGCUUGAUGAAUGUUCGGCUAGAUUUUGAUGUACGGAAUCUGUCGAUGAUCAUGGAGGAAAUGAAAUUGGUGGACACCAGACAUGGGGAAGUUCUCCAGGAAAUCCCCACUAUGCGAGGUUUACCGGGUCCACCAGGUCCAAGAGGAUUUAAAGGCGAACUAGGUACAAAAGGACCUAUAGGUCUGAAGGGAGACAAAGGUGACACAGGCGAACUAGGUAUUCCAGGACCUCAAGGACCGAGGGGUUUAGCAGGCGAUCCUGGACCUGUUGGAGAAAAAGGUUCUAUUGGAAUUAAAGGCAGUUCUGGUGUUAAAGGGGAAAAGGGCAGUAUGGGCCCACCAGGUCCAAAAGGACAAAAGGGAACAAAAGGUGAUGCUGGGUCCCCUGGACCUGAAGGUCUUCCAGGUGACAAAGGACCUUCAGGUCUCCCUGGAGUACCGGGACUUCCAGGACACACUGGAAUAGGAUUUCCAGGACCAAAGGGAUCUAAAGGAGAAGCUGGCCUUCCAGGACCUCGUGGAUUGCCAGGACCUGCGGGACAAAAAGGACAAUCUGUCAUCUCAAAUUGAAUGUAAAACUGGAAGCAGAUUUCUUAUUGGCUAAAUAAGGCUUUUUAAUGUACAACCAAGCGGACUGGAAAUUAAGGUCAUUGGCCAUCUGUAAACAAUGAAAUAAUCGUACAGAGUAACAAAUGGACAUAAAUUGCUGGUCGGGAAUUUUAGAUCUUCCAGAAACUGUAAUUAUGUAAAUCAUAUACCAUCAUGUUCUUCAUUAAGUCACCUUUUCCAUACAGUAAGCACAAUAUCGUCAACAUUUUAAUGAAAUAGAAGUCAUUUAUAAACAUUUAAUUUUAUUUUA